CAGAAGAAGAAGAAGAAGAAGAAGAAGAAGAAGAGGGAGAGGGAAGAGGAAGAGGGAAGACCUAGGAAGUAUGGACCAGAUGCUCAAGUAGCCGCGGUCGCAUUGUCAGCAAUGCCAAUAUCAGCUUCAAUUCCUCUUACUGGAAAUUUUUCACCUUGGAGAAACAGUGGAAGUUGCCCCGUUGAUCAUCUUAAGAAGAAGAACAAGUUUGAGGUCGAAACUCCAGGUGAGAGGAUGGAAUACUUUGUCGGUGCAAAUCUUUCUGCGCAUGUGAUCAUUGUUAAUGCUGGCGAGGAUGUCAGCAUGAAGAUAAUUUCAUUUGCUCAACAAGAACCUAGAGCUAUUUGUGUGCUGUCUGCAAUUGGUGCAAUUUCAAGUGUUACACUUCAUCAGACUAGUUCUUCUGGUGGAACUUUGACCUAUGAGGGUCGUUUUAAUAUUCUCUCUCUGGAGGGAUCAUUUAGGCCAAGUGAUGAUGGAGUAACAAAAAGCAGAUCUGGUGGACUGAGUGUCUCUCUUUCAGACCCUGAUGGUCAGGUUAUAGGAGGAGCACUUGCAGGCUUGUUGGUAGCCGCUAGCCUCGUUCAGGUUAUUGUUGGUAUCUUUCCAACCGGUCACCAGCUGGAGCAGAAUCGAGAGCAUGCAGCUGUUUUUGCCGCUAUUCCUGCCCCUCCCAUUUCUGAAGAAGGAACUGAUGGAGCUUACGCUGCUGGGCUAAGGAACUGACCGGCUGUUGUAUUUGUGGUACCUUAUUGCUAAAUUGUUAGCUUACUUGAAGCAUAAACACAAGGAAUCCCACAACAUAUGGCGGAACACAUUUUCUUUUCUUGAAUAUUAUCAAACUCUCUACAAUAUUGAAAGAUGAUAAAUUUCUUAUACCAAACAAACAAGAGAUCCUUAUUGAAAGAUAAUGGAGGAUGUGUUACUGGAGCAAAUUCGGAUCCCAAUCCAACAUCCUUUGCCGCAAAAUUAUAGUGCGUAUAUAGACCAAAUACUACUUCAUAUGAUUACAUAUUAUAUUUUGAACAUCCUUAAUACAGUAGGGCGAGGUAGCCUAGCGGUCUA